CCACGCUUCAGUUUUUGUUCUCAACCUUGACAACGUGAGAAAGAUGGAAGCAUCUCCUCAUCAAGUCCUCUUUGUUGCGUAUCCAGGCUCAGGCGUUUGUAACGCCGGGAUCACCUUAUCCCACUAGUAUAAAAUCCUCCGUUUCAACGUUGUUCAACUGCGCCUCAUUUGUUCCUUCCAAAACUCAUGUCUUCAUCUGACAAGUUUCCACCCUCUGAUAUGGCUCCAACUCGGACCCACUCUUCUUGGCGAUUCAUCUGUCACCAGAUACUCUUCGCGGUCAAACUGUUCUUGGUCUUGGUAGUCGGCUACUAUCUGCUCGUAGCACUGUACGUCGUGAUUAUGACUGUCCGACAGUCUAUCAGCUGUCCCAAUACGUCUCAGACCCCCGCUUUGACUACUGCUGAUGACGCCACUUGGACUGGAAUUCCUGUUUUCCCUGACGAAACUUCGCGGGACAUGUUCUACCGCACGGCAAACAUAACCGCCUUCUUAGAAGAAGAUGUUAGUGGCGUCGUGCUCUUAUCAGAGUCUUUGGAGAUUCUUUCUGAGAAAGAUGCUAUGCCCGUAGUCGAACGAGCCAUUACCACCAUCGAAAAUUUGUCAGUCGACGCUUCAAGCAGCCAGCGCUUGCCAGGGGAUCUUCCUCAUGCUCUGCAUCAUCUGGGCAUUGAUAUGCGUAACCUUUUCUCACACCUGGCGACGCUUGGUGACACCGGUUUCUAUGCGACGAGAAGUUUUGCACGGCAGCUUCGACAUAUCGACCUUGCCCUUGACAAGCUUUGGAAAACAUGGUCUUCGUGGGACUACGUUGAACUGCACAUUCUGAUGAAGAUCUCUUGUGGUACUCUCAAACAACAGCUUGCGCUUCUGAACGGGGAACUCGGCAAUAUUCACAUCGUCGUCGAGAUUUACCGAAAUGACAUGGCUGAGAUUGAGAAGAAUGAUCCAGGACGCGCAUCUCAUCUCGAGAUAUUGAAUGGGGGAUUUUGGCAUGCUGUGGACCCACUUGAGAGCGCCUUAAUGAUCAUAGAGGAGGCGAAGCCAAUACCGUUUGAGGUUUGCAACGAGGAGAACUUUGCGUUGCUGGGGAUGCAUGGUGGUGUUCAACACCCAUCUACCUACAACGGAAGGACUAAGGAAAGACUUCAGGUAUAUGCAGAUGUGUUGGAGGCCUACGGAAACUUUGGCUCUGUCCGGAAGAACAAUGCGUGGGUCAUGAAAGUGCUGGAAGAUUAUGCUCUGAGUGAUUUAUCUCGUGCUGUGGAAAAGGCGAAGAGUUUUGGGAAGGUGGCGCUGGUAUUGGAAGCGGAAUGAUUGCUUUCCGGGGCUGCUAGUGCCUGCCGGACAAUGACUUUCUAGUUACUCAUCUCGUUCCCUUUGGUUAACAAACAAUUUUCCAUGCUCUUAUGAAUUUACUAUGUCGAUAUUAAAUUGAGUCGGCAACCUAGUCAGCACCUUAUGUGCGCUGCCUCUGCAAGCUCCGUCAGCUCACAACGUUCAUUACUUCUAUAGCUCGUGCGUCAUUUCGGCCCGGUAACAUCCGGUGCGUCAAGGUCAUUUCU